CCUUUCAUGGCUCACCACUUUCCGGCUCCUCCUCUUCGCAGCCGGUGGUAGAAGCGUUGAAGGGCUUAAAAAAGAUAGUAGGGCUUAACAUUCACUAUAUAAUAGAAGCCCUAAAUUUAUUAUAGAAAACAGUCGACAUAAAAGAAAAAAACGGAGAUAGUGGGAGGCGUCCUUCCGUCCAAUCUCAGCCGCUUCAGUCUUACACGAUGAACUCAGAGAUUGCAGACGAUGACAAUGACGAUGAAGGCCGCUUGUUUAUGGGGAUCGUCAAGAAUCAGUUCAACAAUCCACCAAAAAAUGUUUUAUUUCUGCAUCUUCAGGCAGGAAAGCAAGCACUACCCUUGGAACAUGGCAGGAACUGAGAUCUCGAUCAAUGCUCGCGAAAAUGACGUGGAAAGAGAGUUCAGUGCAACUACUGUGCAAAGGAAGUGAGUAGCUUCAACCGUCUCCAGAGCCAUUUAGGAGGAGUGAGAGGAGACGUAAAACCUUGUAUGCAAGUUCCUGAAAUCAUCAGGAAUCUCUUUUCAAACAAAGUGAAUAAGAGAUGGGCUUCACUUGUUCCUGCUUCUGGUAGUGCAGGUAACUGAACUGAAGCGACAUCUUGGUUGCAAACUGAAGCCAGUAGAUGCAUCCGAAGAUUUAUUUAUGAAACUGGAGUCGACUUUGAUGUGGUCAAUUCUCCUAGCUUUAGGAGAAUUAUUAGUGCUUCCUUCAAAGAAGGCCAGGUGGAUUAUGCCAUGCUGAAUCUCCCAAGAACUGAGAGGUUCAAUCCUUGAAGAUGAGUUUGAAGAUUUGGAGAAUCACUUCAACAACAUAAAGGAUUCUUGGGCAUACACAGGAUGCAGCAUACUUGUCGAUGAUUGGGUCAGCACCUUGUUAAUUUUCUUGUGGAUUCUUGGGAGGGCACCGUGUAUCAUCAAUCAUCAGAUAUUUCGUCUUUGGUUGGUAUUAUUGUUGGCUUGAACUUAUUGCUGAUUGUGACAGUUGGAGUAGGCUAUGUAGUAUAAGUCAUUACUAAUUUGGCGACUUUUCGAGAUUCAACCUGGAGUUUAAUAAGAAGCACGCAUGUGUGUUGGGCAAUGAGCUUGUCUUACUGUAUUGGCCUCAUGUUGGAAAGGGUUUUGAUGAUUGAGACUGUAAAAGAGAUUGUAGAGAAGGCCAAAUUUAUCACCAAGUACAUCCAUGGCAAUCCAGCUCUUACGAUCCUAUUUAAGGAUUUUUCUGAUACAGAUAGCCUUGUCGUGCGUUCAAAUAUCAUGUUUUCAAUGCCGUUCUUAACAUCAGAGAACAUUGUGUAUCAUCAGCAUUCAGCAGAGUUUGAGGAGAAUUUUUGCAUCCUCUGAGUGGACCGAAUCAACUCCGGGUUAAAACAAGAAAGCCAAGAGAAUGACUAAUCUGGUAAGAAAUGAGUCCUUUUGGAGAAGAGGAGAAUUGGUCAUCAAGGCAACAAUUCCACUUAUCAAUGUCAUUUAUUUGAUUGAUCAGCCCCAGAAACCCUCUGUUGCUUAUAUUUACAACAUGAUUGAUUAGGCAAAGACUUUGAUCGAAAGGAAUUAGAGAAGAGGAGUUGUGUAUUUCCAAUCAAACAUGAAGUAUUCAAUCAAUAGGUAUUUCAUCUUUGAUUGGAAAUACUGUUGCCUUGAACUUCUUAAUUGACCAAGUGAUUGCACAAGUUGGAGUAGGCAAAGUAGUACAAGUCAUUGCUAAUUCGUUGACUUUUUGAACCGAGAGAUUCAACCUGGAGUUCAAUAGAAGGCAGAUAUCUGUAUUUUGGGCAUCAUACUGCAUUGUCCUCGUGCUGGAAUGGAUUUUGAUGACAAUGAAGGCCACAUGUUCGUGGGACUGUCAAAGUAACAGAUCAGCAAUUCGCCAAAAAAUUAUUUGUGCAUAUUUAUCGUCCAGGCAAGGAUUACCCUUGGAAUAUGGCAGGAACUGAUAACUCAAUUGAUGCUCGUGACUAUGGCGUCAUGGUUGAUGAACAAAAGACGAGGGUUCAGUGCAACUACUGUGCAAAUGAAGUGAGUUGCUUCAACCGUCUUGAGAGCCAUUUAGGAGGAGUGAGAGGAGAUGUAAAACCUUGCGCGCAAGUUCCUGAAAACAUCAGGAAACACUUUUGGAACAAAGUGAAUGAGAGAAGGGCUUCACUUGUUCCUGCUUUUGCUAGCACAAGUAACAGAACUGAAGCGACAUCGUGGUCACAAACUGAAGCCAGCAGAUGCAUUGGAAGAUUCAUUUAUGAAACUGGAGUCGACUUUGAUGUUGUCAAUUCUCCUAGCUUUAGGAGAAUUAUCAGUGCUACAUUUGAAGAGGGUCUGGUGGAGUAUAACAUGCCAAAUCUUCAAGAACUGAGAGGUUCAAUCCUUGAGGAUGAGUUUGAAGAUAUGAAGAGUCACUUCAACAACAUAAAGGAUUCUUGGGCAGACACAGGAUGCAGCAUACUUGUUGAUGAUUGGGUCAAUGACAAGGGUCAACACCUUGUUAAUUUUCUGGUGGAUUCUUGGGAGGGCACUGUGUAUCAUCAAUCAUCAGAUAUUUCGUCCUUGGUUGGUAAUACUGUUGCCCUGAACUUAUUGCUGGAUCAAAUUAUCGUGGCAGUUGGAGUAGGCAAUGUAGUACAAGUCAUUGCUAAUUCGGGGACUUUUCGGACCGAGAGAUUCAACCUGGAGUUUAAUAGGAAGGAGACUUCCGUGUCUUGUGCAAUGAGCUUGUCUUACUGUAUUGGCCUCAUGUUGGGAAGGAUUUUGAUGAUUAAGACUGUAAAGAAGAUUAUAGAGGAUGCCAAAUUUAUCACCAAGUACAUCCAUGGCAAUCCAACAGUUAUGAUCCGAUUUAAGGAUUUUUCUGAUAUAGAUAGCCUUGUCGUGCAUUCUAAUAUCAUGUUUGCAAUGCCGUUCUUAACAUUGGAGAACAUUUUGUGCCAUGAGCAGAGCUUGAAGGGAUUUUUUGCGUCCUCUGAAUGGACUAAAUCAACUUGGGGUUCAAGCAAAAAAGGCAAAAGAAUGACUGAUCUGGUAAAAGAUAAGUCCUUUUGGAGAGAAGGAGAACUAAUCAUCAAGGCAACAAUUCCACUUAUCAAUGUCAUUUAUUCGAUUGAUCGGCCCCAGAAACCAUCUGUUGCUUAUAUUUACAACACGAUUGAUGAAGUAAAGGCUUUGAUUGAGAAGGAAUUAGAGGAGAGGGAAUCAUUAUACGAAGAAAUAUCGGAUGUGAUCGAUGAUAUAUGGAAUGAUUAUCUUCAUGUCCCACUACAUGCUGCAGGAUAUUACCUAAACCCAUGUUACUUUUACGCUGAAGAUUUCUUUCUUGAUGCAGAGGUGGAUAAUGGACUAAAGGAUAGUAUCUUGCAGCUGGUACACGAUAAAACGACUCAAGAGUUGAUAUUUAAACAGCUUGAGGAUUAUAGACAAGCCAAAGGUGGUUUUAGGAAAGGCCGUGCUGUUCACAUAAGGGACACUCUCCCCCCAGUGUUAUGGUGGUCACAAUAUGGAAGAGAUUGCCCUGAACUGCAGAGAGUGGCAAUCAGAAUCUUAGGCCAAACUUGCGAUAUUGGUUCAAGAUACAAUACCAACAGAAGUCUAGCUGACAAGUUGCUCUCAAUAGGGAACAAUCCUACUGAAGAAGAACAUUUGAAGAAGCUAGCCUAUGUUCACUAUAAUCUGCAGUUGAGGAAUGCUCGAUCUUUGCACAAAUCGGUCUAGAUGGGCUGGAGGGAGCAUCCAGAAGGAUGAUUCGAUCGUUGAUGAUGCACCGGAUCAUAAGGAACAAUCUGUAACAAAGAAAAGGCACAGGUUGUCCCUCAAGAAAUAGAUAAUGUGUGAUCUCUGUUACUAAAUUGUAAAUGUACUCGGUCAAUGUUGGUAUAGAUUGUUAUUUUAGUUGUGAUCAUAAUUAAUAACUUCCUUUCUUAAAGCCCUAAUGAGAUGCUUUUCGACAUUGCAUUUGUCCUUUUGGUGCUCCUAGAAGUUGAAGUAUGGAUUAUGCUUCUUGAAGUUGUUAAGGUCAACUAUUUAUUAUAGAGUUUUUGGGUAUACCUU